AUGAGCUCCGCGGGAGCCGAGUACCCGCCGUCCCCCGGCGGCGGCUCUGAGGGGGCCGCUGGCGGCGGCGCCGCCGUCUCUCCCGGGGGCCGCACUCGCCGGGUGUUAACCCCCUUCUCGCUGCGCCGCACAAGAUGGAGGCGAGCCUGCACUGCGCCGCCGGGACCGGAGGGAGCUGCCGGCAGAGCGACACCCGGGGCCGCGGCCUUCCUCCCGCGGCGGGCACCGGGCGGGACGCCGGCCCGGCCCAGGAGGCAAGCGGGGCGAGGGGGCCGCGGCGGGGACGGGCCGACGCCAUCGGCCCUCGGUGUGUGUGCUGUGGGUGUGAGCUGCAGCCUCAGCCUCGACGCGUCUGGUCCCACUCGCUGGAGCGUUGUUUGUGUUGGGAGCGUGACCAGCCGCCUGGUCAGCGCGUUUACUCUGCUCCUGUGGUCCAGCACCGAGGCUCAUCCAACAGGAACCAAGUACAAUGUUCGGAGAAACGGUUUGCUUAACAACCCCGCUGCUUUUUGUCACCUCACGGCUUUCCUGCAGGAGGGCUUGGUGGUGGCUCUGCUGGACCCCGCAGGAGAGGGGACACCCUUUGGUGACCCCAAGAGGAAGCUGGUGCCACCACUGCGCUGGUCUGUGGUGUUUGUGGUGUUCAGUGUGACAGAUGAACAGUUCCUAGGUUUUGGUUCAGAUGAAGAAGUCAAAGUGCGAAGUCCCACACGCUCCCCCACAGUUAAAUCCAGCCCGCGGAAGCCUCGCGGGAGGCCCCGGAGCAGCUCUGACCGGAGCUCGGCCGUGCUCUCAGACUCCUCGUCCGUGUGCUCCCCCUCCAGCAAGUCUGAGACCACGUCCAUGGAGAAGGUGAAGAAGAAGGAGCUGAAGAGUGGGGAGAAGAGGCGAGGGAGGCCCCCGACACUCACCAGCGUGAAGUUCAAACUCUCACAAGUAAAGGACACCUCGGACAGCCAGAAGGGCAGUAAAGAAGAAAAAGAGAGUCUGAAGAAAAUCAAGAGGUCACCAUCCACUACAUUUCAGCAAGCAACUAAAAUCAAGAAAUUAAGAACUAGUAAGCUCUCCCCCCUGAAGUCCAAAUUUAAGUCUGGGACGAAACUUCAGAUUGGGAGGAAGAGCGUUCAAAUGGUGCGCCGGAGAGGGAGGCCGCCCUCCUCCGAGCGCGUGAAGCCUUCCUCCGCCUUAGUCAUGAACUCGCAGCUGGAGAAGCCCCAGCGGGUGCGCAAAGAGAAGGACGGCACGCCGCCGCUCAGCAAGGAGGAGAAGGCUGCAGUCAGGCAGAGCCCGCGCAGGAUCAAGCCCGUUCGGAUCAUACCUUCCACCAAGAGGACGGACGCUGCCAUUGCCAAGCAGCUGCUGCAGCGGGCUAAAAAGGGGGCACAGAAAAAGAUUGAGAAAGAGGCGGCCAAACUGCAGGGCAGGAAGGGGAGAACCCAGCUCAAGAACAUCCGGCAGUUCAUCAUGCCGGUUGUGAGCGCUAUCUCCUCCCGGAUUAUCAAAACUCCCAAACGGUUCAUUGAGGACGAGGAUUACGAUCCUCCCAUCAAAAUAUCCAGACUGGAAUCCACCCCGAACAGCAGGUUCAGCGCCACAUCCUGCGGCUCCAGCGAGAAGUCCAGCGCUGCCUCCCAGCACUCCUCCCAGAUGUCCUCCGACUCCUCGCGCUCCAGCAGCCCCAGCGUGGACACCUCCUCCGACUCCCAGGCUUCUGAGGAGAUGCAGGCGCUCUCCGAGGAGCGCAGCAACACCCCCGAAGUUCACACGCCGCUGCCCGUUCCCCAGUCCCCCGAGAACGACGCCGGCGACCGGCGCAACAGAAGGUUUUCCAUAACGGAGCGCAGCUUUGGGCAGAGGACGGCUAAGAAGCUGUCAGCCCUGCCCAGCGUGCCACCGCAGCAGCCCUCCUCCUCCUCCCCCCCUCCUCCCCUGCUGACC